CAGGAAUCAGACACUUCUGGACUUGCACAAAGAUCUGCUGUUCUUCACCACACCUCUGCCGUCAUCGUCUCGACGACCAAGCUUUGAUCAAUGGACAGAUGAGACGACCGAGACGACUCUGGUGAAUCUGGUACUAGGAAGAAUAGUAACGGACAAGAGCGAGAAUGAAGUCGCAGAGGUCAAAAACGCAGCCAUCAGCUGCAUCGGCGCCAUGUCGAGAAGGUGUAGACCAGCUUCGUUGAAGAAGAUUGUCGAUACGCUCUUGUCAGGGCUGUCUUCUGACAUCGAUGAGCAGAGGGAUGUGUCUUGCCUAGCUCUCAAAGCAGUGGCAUCGGAGAUGCCGGUCGACUUGUCACACUUGUCGCAGAUUCUGGACAACAUCCUCACCAAGCUCUUCGCCAUCUUGACCAAGUCGAAUCCUCCAAUCGAUGCUCAGCUUGCUUCAGAACUCCUCCACAUCAUCACAGACAUCUUCACUCGCUUCCCUGAUCUACUAUCCUCUUCUAACACACUGCGAUCGACAUGCCUCACAUCUCUCGUCACCAUUCUUACCACGUCACGUACUUCCAUUCGUAAACGCGCAGUCCCCGCUCUGUCAGCCCUCGUCAUUACCAACCCCUUGCUCUUCGACGAUGAGCUGCGAAAGCAAUUAUCCUCAGGUCUGAAGGACAACGGCGAAUCCGGAUCGACCUGGGCGGCGGUCUUGACAUCUCUCGCGAGGAGUGCAGACGCCGGAAAGGUCGGAGAGAUGAUCAGUCAAGGGGAGAUAGUGGAUGCUCUGUUAGCCCAGGCUGCGAACCCAGAGCAGAAUGAGCGCGUAGAGGGCGCCCUGACGGCUGUCGAAGUCUUGAUUCUACGCUGUCCAACCGAGAUCACACCGUAUAUACCUCUUAUACUCCAGAGAUCACUCGAAUUGGUCAAAUACGAUCCAAAUUAUGUCGAGUUGGACGAAGAGGACGUUGACAUGGAAGAUGAGGCUGAAGAGGACGAUUACGAGGAUGAGGCGUAUUUGGACGAUGAGGAUGCCUCAUGGAAGGUUCGCCGUUCAGCAGCGAAAACCCUGGUCGCGAUCAUUGGCACACGAAUCGAGCUUUUGUCUCAGCUUUAUCAAUCCGCCGCAUCCAUCCUUAUCUCACGUUUCAGCGAGCGAGAGGAGAGUGUUAGGAUUGAAAUUCUGACAGCAAUGGAGACGCUCCUGAAACAGACGAUCACGGGAAAGAACGCCGAGUUGGCGUCCGCGGGACGGAAUAAACGGAAACGAAGCGAGGAGAUGGACCAGGAUUCAGCUCCGGAGGAUAAUAUCAUCGCGCACCUCAAAAAUUGUCUCCCAAAUCUCCUUCGAGGCAUUCUCAAGCAAUUAUCCUCAAAAUCCAAUCAGACACGGCAGGAGUGCUUUGUCCUGCUUCGCUACGUCACCGACGCUCUUGACGGUGGCCUCGUCAAUGACUCUUCUGAGAUAUGUCGCGCCGCGGUAUCAGUGCUCACAUCGGCCGAAACAUCCACCACAUCUUCACUCUCCAUCGCCGCCCUCUCCUUCCUAUCAACCUUCUUCCGACACCACUCGCCGCGCAUUUACGGGAACUCGCUCAACGAUCUCGUACCUGCCAUUGAGCGCUGCAUGAAGGAGAAACUUCAGCGAAUCAGCUUUGAGGCUUUUACCGCCGCUUCAGCCUUGGCAAAAUCGAUUCACCCACUAGGUACUUCCUCACCAUCCUUGGCAAAUUACUCUGGCUCCGUAAAGUCUCUCUUCAAAGCCUCGACCGACGUCUUGGCUGAUACGACGGUGGACGGCGAAGUUCGAGAGAGAGCGUUGGACACCCUCGGCAAUCUGUUGGUCCACGAAGGCGAUCUAUUUUCAGAUUCGUACGAGACAUGUCUGCCCCUGAUAUCUGCUCGACUACAGACGGAGACCACAGCACUUACUGCCGUUCAAGUCAUCGGCAGAAUUGCAGAAUCACCUUUGUGCAAAGGUCCAGUAUUUGAGGAUUGGCUCCGGGCGGUCUUACCCGAAGUGGUCGUUGCUCUCCGUCGAUCUCGACGAGCCUCCGGCAAGUCGGCGGAAUUCGCCUGUCUACGAAAUGUCCUGUCUCGCGUUGGCUCCACGCUCUCACCUGAUGCUGCGACCGAGCUCAUCAAUGAGCUUCAGACCUCCUUGGAUAGCCCUCAAGCGCUCAGUAUCGUCGCCCUCAUCCUUUCCAAUCAACCUGCUUGCAGACCAGCUGUGGAUUCUCAGAUCUUGCAUCAAGUUUACGAACUGAUCAAGACUCCCGCUCUUAAUCCUCUGCUCGCUGAUGCCCUCUCUGCCUUUUUCGGAGCUUACGUAGACGGCGAUCCAGACGGUGCGACUCGGCUAGUACCGACCUUGAUCGACAAUCUUGGCAAGUCAACGGCCAUCCCUGAUGCCAGUAGAGGAGGUACGGCGUCGUAUGCGACGACUGCAAAGUGCAUCGCGACGGUGGCGGAGCACGCUCAAGGGGAACGAGCUGGUGUUUUGAGCCAGCUCGUGAAAACCAUCAGUUCAUCCAAGUCGAGUGAAGCGCCUACUUACCUGGCUUUGCGAAGCAUCGGAGAGAUUGGUCGAAUGAGUGAUUUGUCCGACGAGACGGGCCUAUUUGACCGCGUUCUCUCCUUCUUCACCAGCGACAGCGAAGAACUUCGAAGUGCAGCUGCGUACGCAGCCGGGAACAUCGCCGUUGGUUCACCGGAUAUUUUCCUCCCCCUCAUCUCCAAAAACCUCAAUGGUGCUUCCGACGAGACUUCUCGCUUACUCCUCCUGCACGCUCUCAAAGAGUGUAUACUGCAUACCAGAACGUCAGACCUCGAAGUCUUGGCCGACUCUCUCUGGACAUCUUUGCUCGAGUCAGGCACGUCUACCAGCAAGACCUCGUCGAAGGGUACUAGCGCGAGUAAGGAACUGGGAGAUGAUGGACAAAGAAACGUCAAAGCUGCUUGUAUUGGGAAGUUGACAACGACCGCGCCUGCCAGGUUCCUCCCGCGACUUCAAGAGUUACUUCGAUCGACACCACAGGACAGGGCGAUUGUCGCUGCCGCCGUCAGAUACACCUUUAUCGAUACUUCGUCUUCAUAUGAUGAGCUCAUCGCUCCUCUGAUUGUUGAAUUUCUGUCGCUCAUGCACGACGAAAACUUGAUCGUCAGACGUCUUUCAUUGGCCUCACUGAACGCUGCGAUUCAGAACAAACCGCAUUUGAUCAUUGAUCGGUUGGCAGCGUUACAACCUUUGUUAUACGCGGAAACCGUGGUUAGACCGGAACUUCAGAGAGAGGUCACGAUGGGACCGUUCAAGUUGAUCGAAGAUGAAGGGUUGGAGAACCGCAAGACUGCUUACGAGACAAUGUACACUUUGCUAGGAACGUGCUUCACUAAGGUUGACCUUCCGACGUUUACGGACCGGGUCUUGGCGGCAAUUCGAGAUGUCAACGAAGUCAAAGUAUUGGGCUUGAUGCUUCUUCUGCGACUCGGUCAAUUAUCACCUGCUUCCGUCGUUCCCAGAUUGGAUGACGUGACGGAUGCUUUCCGAGAUAUCAUGAAGGAUGUUCAAGUCAAAGACGAUACUGUCAAGCAGGACCUGGAGCGAAAAGGUGAGAGCACGAGCGAUUUGCAGAGACGAUCAAAUGACGGAGGCUGAUCGGUGUGUAUGUGUGUGACUCGCAGAGGAAAUGCAACGGACGACUUUACGUACUCUUGUGCCGUUGUAUCGACUUUGUUCGCCCAGUCAAGCACCGACAUUUUACAAA